AUGCGAGAACACGACCGUGCGUUGCAGCAGCAGCAGCAGCAGAGGCGGCGGGUUCUGCGGCAGAAGCAGGCGGGUGACGCUUCCCCCGCCGACUCGCGUCCGAACCGUCACCUGGGACAGGCCUGUUCUAGCAGCUUGCGGGCGCCUGCCUCGCUAUCUGAUGUUGGUGUCGGCGUUGGUGAUGGGUUUGCGUUGGUGGUGCCUAAGGUAUAUUCACAGCGCACAGACAGGCCCGUCGGAGAGCUCGUGAAGGGGGUUGCGUGGCCCCGAGGCUUGACCAGGAUUACGUUCGGUGACGGGUUCAGCCAAUCGCUGUCGCUGGUGCGCUGGCCGCCUGGCCUCGAGGAGGUUAACUUCGGCAGGGAAUUCAACGAAGUAAUCGACGGUACCACAUGGCCAGCGGGUCUGAAGCGGAUGACUUUUGGCACCAAGUGGAACCAGCCAUUGGACUACGUGGGCUGGCCCGAAGGUCUGGAGGAACUGGUCCUGGGCUCCUCGUUCGACCAGCCCGUUUCAGGUGUGGUUUUCCCGAAAGGGCUGAGACUUCUAUCCUUCGGGAUGCAUUUCAACAAGAGCGUCGAGGGGAUGAGCUGGCCAGAUGGCCUCAGAGAGAUAUCUUUCGGUUACGCCUUCAACUGGCCGAUCGACCAGGUCGCUUGGCCGACCGACCUGCAGCGCCUCUCUUUCGGACACAGCUUCAAUCGCCCGGUGCACCAGGUCUCGUGGCCCCCUCGACUACAGCGGCUAGCCUUCGGGAACGACUUCAACAGGCCGGUGUCGCGGGUGUCUUGGCCUGGGGGCCUGGAAGAACUGGUGUUCGGGGAGAUGUUCGAUCAGGAGGUGAAGUCGACGGAGUGGCCCGCCGGGCUGAAGAAGCUAUCCUUCGGGAAAAACUUCAACCAAGCCGUAGGGGCGGCGGCGGCCGAAGCUCCUACCAGCAACGAUUCCGCCGCACCCAAUGGUUCCGCCGCGCCCAACGGUUCUGCCGCACCUAAUGGUCCCGCCGCACCCAACGGUUCCGCCGCACUCAACGGUUCCCCCGCACCCGGGAUCCUGCCAAGGGGGUUGGAAGAGCUACGCUUCGGGAGGAAAUUCAACCAGCCUGUCAACAACGUAGUGUGGCCACAGUCUCUGCAGAGCCUCGUUUUCGGGUCGGACUUCAACCAGCCGGUGGACCAAGUUAAAUGGCCGCAGGGGCUGAAGCAGCUUCGCCUCGGUGAGGAGUUCAACCAACCCGUGGAGGCGGUGGCAUGGCCUCCGGGUAUGGAGAGCCUUGUCUUCGUCUUCUACUUCAACCAGUCCGUGGACAGAGUGGUGUGGCCGGCAAGGCUGCGACACUUGUCUCUGGGUUUCCACUUCAACAUGCCGGUGGCCGGGGUACGGUGGCCGGACGGGCUCCGAACCCUGGCCUUUGGCGACCGCUUCAACCAGGCGAUAGACGAAGUGGCGUGGCCGGACGGGUUGGAGAGAAUGUCGUUCGGCUGCGCGUUCAACCAACCGGUGCGCGUGGCAGCCUGGCCGAGGGCGCUCAAGGAGCUUGUGUUCGGCCGCAGCUUCAACAAGGCUCUCCAAGGAGUUGAAUGGCCGUCGGGGCUUCGAAAGCUGUCGUUCGGCGCGGACUUCGACCAGGAGGUGGAGGCGGUGCGGUGGCCAAGGAUGCUGGAGGAAGUGGCCUUCGGGAACGCCUUCGACCGAGAAAUCGAGAGGACGGUGUUCCCCAUGGGUCUCAGGAAGAUGGUUUUCGGAAUCCGGUUUAACCGUCCCGUGGAACGGGUCGUGUGGCCCGCAGGGCUCGAAGAGCUGAUCUUCGGGAAGUCCUUCGACCAGCCGGUCGAGCUGGCAAGCUGGCCCCCUUGCCUGCGAAGCCUCCGCUUCGGCCGCAACUUCGACCAGGCCCUGGAAGGCGUUUCGUGGCCGGGGUCGCUCCGCGUUGUCUCCCUGGGGUGGGAGUUCAAGCAGCCCCUGGGAGGCGUGAAGUGGCCGGACACGCUCGAGGAACUGUCUCUGGUGUGCCGGGUGCUCCCGCUUCUCCGGAGAACCCCCUUGUCCCCGAGGCUGAUCAAGCUUCACUUCCAGGGAGGCUUUCCGACGGGUUUCCUAGACAACGCGGCGUUUCCCGCUUCUCUGAAGGAGCUGAGCCUCGGUGACGGUUUCAACGAGGGGCUUCAGGGGGUGCGCUGGCCGGUGGGGCUUGAGAAGCUCAAGCUCGGACGCAGCUACAGGCAGCGAGUGGACACCGUUGUGUGGCCUCAGGGCAUCGAACAGCUUGUCUUCGGACAGUUCUUCUUCAGCAACCACGUCCCCCUGCAGAGCGUCGCGUGGCCCCGGGGGUGCGAGGUCCGAGCCGCGGGCUCCACAAUGAGCCGCUCGCGAACCGGAAUGCUAUAAGGGGUUGGAACAGCAGAGUUGAUGACUGGUUGAGAGUCAUUCCAUACUCAGGUGUCUGGGAUGCUUAAAAAGAAAGCAGUUCGUUGCUGAUUGAGAGCCGAUC